UCCCGGUUCCGGCGCGGUAGAGGCCCAGGGUGGUGAACAGGCUCCGGCACCAUGUCUGGUUUGUCUGGCCCACAGGCGCUGGGUGGCCCUUGCCCGUUAGCGUUGCUGCUUUUAUUUCUGCUCGGCCCCAGCUCGGUCCUCGCCAUCUCCUUCCACCUGCCCGUUAACUCCCGCAAGUGCCUCCGCGAAGAGAUCCACAAGGACCUGCUGGUGACGGGCGCCUACGAGAUCACCGACCAGUCUGGGGGCGCGGGCGGCCUGCGCACCCACCUCAAGAUCACAGAUUCUGCUGGCCAUAUUCUGUACUCCAAGGAGGAUGCAACCAAGGGGAAAUUUGCCUUUACCACUGAAGAUUAUGACAUGUUUGAAGUGUGUUUUGAGAGCAAGGGAACAGGGCGGAUACCUGACCAACUCGUGAUCCUAGACAUGAAGCAUGGAGUAGAGGCAAAAAAUUAUGAAGAGAUUGCAAAAGUUGAGAAGCUCAAACCUUUAGAGGUAGAGUUACGACGCCUAGAAGACCUUUCAGAGUCUAUCGUGAAUGAUUUUGCCUACAUGAAGAAGCGAGAGGAAGAGAUGCGGGACACCAAUGAGUCAACGAACACUCGGGUCCUGUACUUCAGCAUCUUUUCAAUGUUCUGCCUCAUUGGACUAGCCACCUGGCAGGUCUUCUACCUGCGUCGCUUCUUCAAGGCCAAGAAGUUGAUUGAGUAAUCAGGCCCAGUCUCCUCCCACCUGUCUCAGCCAGCAGAACAUCUCUGGGACAUGCCUGGCCUAAGACAUCCUACCAACUGCACCAUCAAGGCAUGUUGGAACUUGCUUGCCAGAACUGAUCUCUUUUGGUGUGGGAGGACAUGGGUUACCACCUACACCCAGCAAGUCAGUGAGGACUUCUUUUUAACUUGGUAGGAUUUGAACUGGUUUUGCAACAAUGGGACAUUAUUAGAGUCACCUAUGACAAAAAAUAGGGGUUACCUAGAUAAUGCCAAAGCCAGCAUUUGUACUGGGUUUCCUCAUAUGAUCUGUUUGAACCAUGUUUUCUUUUCUUCUCCCACUUGCUCACCAGCUUGGGCUUCCACUCUAGUUCCUUUAUCGAGAUUUGUGUGACCAUGUUGAACUGUUUCAUUCUGAUUGUCCUCUUUGGAUUUCCAUGUGCAAACAUCCCUAACUUUCUCUUGACCCUUAGUUGAAGUGUUUAGGUGGCUUCUGGUGAUAUCCUUUCAUAAUUUUAUGUCGCUUAAAAGGGUGAUGGAUGUGACACCUCAUAGAAGUGAGCUCUGAACUCUAGAUAAAAUUAAAAGAAAUUUCAUUUCUUUUAAAAGAAAUUAAAAGAAAAUUAAAAUUUCAUUUUAGAGAAUUAAAAUAUUUGUGCUCAACUGCUUGAUCUUUUUUCUUUUUGUGUAAUUGUGUUUAGUUCUAUGCAAUUUUAUCACGUGUAGAUUUGUGUGACCACCACAGCAAGGUGCGGAACAGUUCCAUCACACAGAUCCCUUGUGCUCCCCUUUUACAGCCACAGCCACAGCCACCUCCCUUCUUUACCACCAAGCCCCAUCCUCUGGCAACCACUCAUCUGUUCUCCAUCUCUAAUUUUGCCAUUUCAAGAAUGUCAUAUAAAUGGAAUCAUAUAGUAUGUAACCUUUGAGAUUGACUUUUUUCACUCAGCAUAAUUCCCUUGAAAUCCAUUCAAGUUGUUGCAUGUAUCAAGAGUUUGUUCCUUUUUCUUGCUCAGUAGUAUUUCGUGGUAUGGAUGUACCAGUUUUUUUUAACCAUUCACCUACUGAAGGACAUUGGGGUUGUUUUCAGUUUUGGGCCAUUAAUAAUAAAGCUAUUGUUAACAUUCAUGAA